UGGUGAAAUAACAAAUAAUUCGUAAAUACAUUUGACUUGUCUGCAGUUUCUGAUGAAGAGACAAAAGACUGGAAAGAUUCGACAACUCAGUUUUACUCACUGAGAAUUGGGACGUUGGAUAGUUAUCGUUGUUUCGAGGCCGCAUACCUGACAUAAUCACCCGAUAUUAAAAUGAGAAACUAAAAAUGUAGAUACGUUACACCGAGGCUCUGGCUAUACUAGGCCAAGUUAAUGGCGCGAUUUUUCUAGCUAAUCAGAAACUUUUGUUUCUAAGCCUGAUUGAGGAUCACCUUCGGUCCAUUACUACAGCCAAGUUAAGCCAAGGCAGUAGGUACGUGGGAUGGAUUGGUACAGGAAGUUGCGUCGAAGACGUCGAGCAGCGCGUGAUGAUGACCUUGAGACCGCGACUGAGCGAUGGGAACGUUGGAAAAGUCUGAACGUCAUUUACUUCACAAUGUUCCUAAUGUCGCUCGGCUUCAGCAUAAUUCUCACAGGAGUUUGGCCUUAUUUAGACAAGUUAGAUCCUACGGCUGGAAAAGAGUUCAUGGGGUACGUCGUGGCUGCAAAUCCCUUGGGACAGAUGUUAUUCUCUCCCUUGGUCGGUUGGUGGGGUAACAGACGCGGCUCCGUCAGGUUGCCACUCCUGAUUACUCUGGCUGUUUUUACUCUGGCUUCCGCAGCCUACAGCACACUUGAAAUCAUACCUGCCUACAGGAAGAUUGCGAUGCUCACCGCCAGGUUCUUUGUUGGCGUCAGUUCCGCAAACAUUGCAGUGGCACGGUCUUAUCUUUCAGCAGCUACGAAAUUAUCUGAGAGAACUCAUGCGGUUUCUAUGGUGUCUCUCGCUCAAGUUCUGGGAUUUGUCGUUGGUCCCGGCUUACAGGCUGCGGUAACACCAUUGGGCGACAAAGGAUUUUACCUUCUUGGUCUUCCCUUCAAUAUGUACACAAUGGCCGGUUGGAUCAACGUUCUGAUGGGCGUCUUCAACUUCGUCCUCUUCCUUCCAUGGAACUUUAAGGAGCACCGAAUCGCAACCCGGGAAGCUAUGCAGACUCAGGGAAAAACGUCAGAGGAAGAAACUUGGAAGGCGAUGAAGCCAGAUUACAUUGCCUCUUGGACUUUGAUUUGCGCAUUCUUUAUAUUGGUCUUCAAUUUUGUUCUCCUUGAAACACUGGGAACUUCGCUAACGAUGGAUCAAUUCGCUUGGUCAAAGACUGAUGCCUUGUACUACAUGGGUCUUCUGAUGAGUGUCGGUGCCGUAGUAGCCUGCGUCACUUUCGUUUUAAUCGGACCACUAUGUAAAAGAUUUUCCGAGAGGAAGAUCAUGCUUUGGGGUGGUUUCUUUUUAAUGAUCGUCGGAAGAGUACUGUGCAUUCCAUGGGGCCCGGAUCCUCCGGUGAUCGCCGAGUACGGCCCUUUUGGCAACGAGACGAAAGAUGCCAACGGAACAGACAUCCUCGGCUGUCCAAGCACCCAGGAAUGGUGUCGGUACACGCCUCAAAUGACCGUGACACAGUUCCUACUCGGCUACGGAUUGACGACCAUCGGAUAUCCAUUAGGGGUGACGUUGAUCCAGACGAUAUUUAGUAAAAUACUGGGACCUCGUCCUCAGGGAGUCUGGAUGGGACUCAUGACGGGAGCCGGGUGCGCAUCUCGUGUGAUGGGUCCAGUGUUCGUGGGACUGAUUUACACUAGGUAUGGGACUUACCAAACUUUCGGGGUUACCGGUGUGACGCUGGUGUUAGGUAUGAUUUCGAUUGAAAUUAUAAAGAAGCGUUUGGUACCACCUGAUGCUGCUGAUGCAACAUCAAGAGACGUUGGUGAAAUCGUCAACGGCAAGAAAGAGUUCGAGCUUCCACUCGUCCAUGGGCCAUCUAAUACAGAUCGAAAAGAAGGCGAGGCACAAGGUCUCAAUGGAGCGUCGUGAUUAAAGUCUAUACUGUGGACAGUGUUAUGUACAUACAUUAGUAAUAUUGUAGCAGUAAUGGCUGCUGCGUUGACUCUCGUUACGUGUUGAUCGAAUUUCAUCGUAAAAUUUGAAACACGACGGAGACUACAGUGUCAUUUCGUUUAUUUGGGCUUUGGCGGCUCCCACAUUGGCACAAGCGCAGGUCGAUAUACAUAGCUAUAUCAAAAUAUUUUACUGCUAAUGUACAGUGAUAGAUGUAUGAUUCAUUAAAUAUGUUUUGUAUACUCUAAAUUCUAUACGUAAUACAUACGCACAUUUGUUGUGUUGAAGACUACGUAACGAUGACUUUGUUAAGACUACUUAUAUGUCUGCCGUGAAUUUAUCAUGAACAAAG